AUGCCUGCGGUGCGGGGAGUUGGGUCAGGGCUGGAGCGCAGGCGGGAGCCGGCUGCUGCAGUGCCUGGCGUCGGCGUGGCAGCGCCGGGGAAGUGUGCUACAGAUGGGCUGGGAGGGGGUUUGCCUCUUCGUUUUAUUUUCCUGCAGUCGUCUCCUGCCUCAUCGUCUGAGGGCACGCGGUCCAAGGAGUCAGGAGGAGCAGUACCACUGCACCCGGUGGAGCCAUGUGGCAGGAACGCUUUCUUGCUCCACCUCACGUUCAGGUUUCCUUCAAAGCCACCAGAAAAAGCCCACCUGGGGUUCUUUGAAAAGUCAGAAAGCCUCAUAGAUACAAGACAUCCAAUGAGUGUAGCCUGUUCAGGUUGCCAGAAGUCUGUCAAGAAGGGACUGUCCAGAGGUUCCACAAAUCAGUGUCUUUCUGGGAAAAGUGGAGAGUCUCUUCCAGCAGUUUUUGAGAGAAAUGUGCAGGAAGCCAUCAGCAAUUAUACUUGUGAAACGCUUUCAUCGCUUCCAUCUAGUGGUUGUACAACACCCACGGAGUUGAAUAAUUCUUGGUCUGGAAUAAACAGCUAUACUACUGGUUUGUCUACUGAAAGAAGUUCAGUUUACUCCUGGAGGGAUGAUGAAUUUGAUAAAGCCAACACACAGAGAGUGCAUCAGUUAUUUUGGGAGAUUGAUGAAUUGCUGUUUGAAGGAAAAGUGACCUCCCAAACUCAGAGCCUGCAGGCAGAAUGUGCAGACUGGGUUGAACGAUUUCCUCAUCUAAGGGUUCUAGGAAAGCAGCUCCUACUGCCAAAGGACGAAGGCUUUCAGCAUUUUCAGAGCAGAAGUGAUACCUCUGUGGAUACUAAGUGUUUAUCUGGCCUCCAUGAAUGUACUAGUAAUAGAAAAGAGCUCUGUAUUUCAGGCUCCAAACUGAUCCCAACAGCAUCUCCAAUACAUAAAUCACUAGAUUCAAGCUCCACUAGGAUUUUUGCCUCUGCUUCAUCCAUGUAUUCAUUCCUGGAAGAAGAAAUCUAUGAUGUGGAUGGAAAAAUAGAAGAAUAUUUUGCCUUUGACAACAAGGAGCUUGAUGAUGAGAGUUGGGAACAAAAGAAAAUGCAUCUUGCUGAGAAGAGGAGUAAGCGUGGCAUUCCCCCGGUAUCUCCCAAUGCCUGUAUCAAAGAUGCCGUGGCUUCUGAAGUAUUUGAUUGUAUCUGGAGCAAUGUAAUUGAAAUAUUGGAUGAACUGAUUAAAAAAAAUUGGGAAACUAGUAUCACAGAGUGUGACAAACAGGUGGAAAAACUGAAAGCUGUUACAGCAAAACUGCCACAUUUGCCAGUCGUUCGUAUUACAGCAGAUGCUGGGAGUGUUCCUCUUUCCAGAGGCUCUGAAGCACAAAGUGUAUCUUUUGGGUCUCAUUUUGUUUCCUCGCAGGUUCACCGUUUCUCCAGCAACUUCUGUAGUAAUUUGAAUGGUGUGAUGACAAUUCAAGCAAAACCACUCCAACAGAGGCAUGUUGCCACAGUAGAAAAAAUACCGAAUGAGCAAGAAGAUAAACAGCAUAGCAGUGGCUCCAGUGCUCCAAAUUCAGUGCAUACCAGGUUGGGGAGAAUUGCUGAUAACAGUAUUCUCUCAUCAUCUCGGGUACUGCUGGCAUCUUCUAGGAAGCUACCAAGCCAUCAUAGGUUACCUCCUCUCACUUCUGACAAACUCUCCUCAAAAGCUCCUAAUGUGUACAAUGAUGAAAUCCUUAGGGGGACUAAAUUGGGUGCCAGCUUGGAUCGUUUAUCUUCUGCUCGUGCACCUACAACCUGGAACAAGUUACCGCCAAUAAACUCAGAGGCUGUUGAACAGUAUCUUUCAGUACCUCGAUUGCAACAGAGCUGUCAUCGAGGACGGUAUGCUCAUAGCAGAGUGUCAAGUGCAGUGCCUGGCAGCACAGAGCAACAGCCACUCAGAGAAAGAACUGUUAUUAUUGAUCAAGUUUCAAGGCCCAACACAACUCAUACAUUCAGGACAGACACACUUCAGAAGAGAUCACUGACUCCCAUGGAUUUUGCUAACCACAGAGGGACAGGUCAAGGAUUUUUAAUAGGCUCACAGCAUUACUACAGAUCCUUUCAGAGAAAUCCUCUAGCCUCAAGGAAGAGAUUUCAGAUUGCUUCUUAA